UUAUAAAAUGGAUUCAAAUAAUGUAUCACAACAAGCGUAUACCUCUAUGGUCAAGUUUACUAUAGAUGGUCGACCCUUUCUCAAGGAUAUUCAUGAUCUCUUUUCUGCACUUAUUGUACAGAUACCAUUAGAUACACAUCGAUACCUGUUUCGAAAUUAUUAUAAUACUUUUUCUUCAGAAGAUGCUAUUCAAGCAUUAGGCAACUUACGCUUCUCUCAUACUGUCCGUACACCUGAUCCAAAUGAUUCAACGCGCUUUCAACGCACUACUACCACAACCACGUUUAACAUGGCUCGAGAUAUGGCCAAAUCACUCUGCCAGCAAUUUCAAAACUGUCGACUCAUGGAAAAUGCUGUUGACCCUCAAAACAGAACAUUUCGAGAAAAAGGCAUUUGGCAUUUGACACCCAAAGGCCUUUGCAUUCUCCAAGAUUUUUGUGUGAGAACAGAAGCUAGUCUGACUUCGCUUAGAAAGCACUUCAGCCAUAUGGAAGCUAUCCAACUCGUUCGCCUGGAUCGUAACUCAGAUGAUGAUCAGCUAGUUUUAAAUCGAGUAUGUUCUUCUGUAAUUUUUCGUGUAAUGAUGACUACAUUGCCUCUUGAUGGUGAAUUAUCAAGCUCAGGCAAUGCUAGUUCUAUAUCUGUUUCUUCUCGUCAACAAAUUAGUAGCACACCUUCAUCUUCUUCUGCUUCUUCGGCCUCCUCCGCGACAUCUUCUUCUAUACCCUCAUUAAGUGCUCCAUUUGCUAUGUCUUCUUCUGUCUCCAGCGGUGAUUCCCGAAUUCAAAUGUUGGGAAAUUAUCUCUUAACACUCUCAAAAUCAAGCCGUGUACAACCCAAGACGGUCAAGACAAUGCGCACUGUAUUUUCAUCUCAAAUGUGCUGUGAUUGGCUUAUGGAUUACACCACAGUUUCUUGUCGUGAAGAGGCAGAAUCCAUCGCACAAGAAUUCAUCAAGUAUGGCUGGAUUGAAUUUCAAGACUCUAAGCAUAGCCACUCACCUAUCAAAGCAUCAAAAGUAAUCAUGUUUGUUGUGACCGAGAAAGGAAAGCAAGUCGUCUCAGAAUCUCCAAAGCAACAUGUAAACUCGCCUUCUGUAAGCCAACAAUUAGGAUCAGAUCGAUCGAAAGUGGCUCGCUCUCGCAGUAGCACGAUCAGCAAAGAAGAAGGUGAAGAAAAAGCUAGUCUACAAGAAAUUUUAUCCGAAGAUCCAGAUGCAUUACUUAUUCGACAAUCGACUGUUGUGAAUAAAGAAAACGAAGAGGAACCUCCAGCAGCAGAUAGCCAAGGCACCCUUACCUCACCAUCCAAUUCUUCUCGCCCCUCUAGUAUCGCAGCAGAAACAAGCCAAGAUCCUAAAGAAAGCAAUUCUGCUCGACUUAAAAUCAUUCUUGAAAAUGCAAAGCUUCGAUCACCCUUCAAGGAUUUCCUGAGAGCCAACUUUUGUGAGGAGAACCUCGACUUCUGGAUUGAUUAUAGCACGCUCCGAAGGAAAUGUAGAAAUCAAAGCCCUGCAUUACCUUCACAGAACCAAAAAGAUUUGUUGGAAGAUGCAUAUGAUAUCUGGUCUACUUAUUUAGCCCCUGGAUCUCCUUCUGAAUUAAACGUGGAACAUUCUCUCUUGCAAGAAAUGGCUCGCAUUGUGAAUUCUGUGGUGACUGUCUUGCCAGCAUAUUCAGGACAAGGAAAACCAAGCAUUGUCAUCACUGCUUCUUCUGCUUCUCAGAGUCUAAGGAUGAUGCUAAAGUUAUUUGACAAGGUGAAUGAGCAUAUCUGUCGAUUAAUGGCUUCUGAUUCAGUUCCCAAAUUCGUGAAAACCGAGAAAUAUCGCAAGAUUAUUGAUUCCAUUGAGCGAAGCGAGCGAAAGAAGCAAAAAGAAUUGGAUGAAUUAACUGACUCUUUGCGCAAUAUGGGAUCAACUGAAGAUGUAUAUCAUGCAGGCAAUGUGGAGACACAAGCCUAGUUUUUUAUUUUUUUUCAAAUUAAAAGUCCUUUUAUUCCAUAAAAAAAAAACUUGUUUA